AUGUCUUCGGCACCGAAACUAUUUGGUUUCCCACUAACAGAGCAAGAGGAAUUUGCAGAUGUGGGAGAGGACAGAAAAUUCAGAUGCCACUACUGCAAGCGAGUAUUCGCUAACUCUCAAGCCUUAGGGGGCCACCAGAAUGCUCACAAGAAAGAGCGUCAGAGAGCAAGGCGUUUCCAAAUCCACACUCACCAAUACCAUAGACGCUCCCAUGCAAAUGCAAUUACAUCAGUAGGACUACUCUCUUCUUCUGCUUCUAACACCUCUCCUGUUACUCUGCAAUCCAUUUUCUUUCCUUUCCACCUUUAUGUUUCAUCUAAUGUACCGCCUACUUCAGAGAGGGAAGUUGAUGUCCAUCUCAAAUUAUAA